AUGAGUGAUCCUACAGCCCAACCCAGAUGCCGCUACUGCAGAAAGUCUCACGUCGAACUGGAAGGGAUUAAUCUCGCUUGGCAUAUAGAUCAGUACGCCUUCCCGCACGGCGUGCAGAGUUGGAACAAUGAAGUCUUUGAGAUUAAACGGGUCGACAUAGGCUUAGGAGACACGGAGAUCGGGCAAGCUAUCCUCGGCAAUGACGCCGAUGCACUCUUUGGCAAGCUGACUCGUGGUGGCGACAAUGAUGGCAGAUUGCCGGACUCCUGGACCAUUCUGGGCGCCGUGGUUUAUGCCUGCAACUGGAACAUCCUGCAAAAGGUUCUCGGGAAGAAGGGAACUGCCCGGGCUUACAACCUCCAUGUCUCCAUGUUGAAUUUCACUGAGUUGGAAGUCCAUCCCAUGUUCCAGGCCCUUCAAAUGAACAAGAUGAAUAUAUUUAAGAAAUUCAUCCAAUUCAACGACGGGACGAUUCCGACCGCGAUUUUAAACUACCUCAUCGCCACACAGAGUGUCGAGCUUAUACAGUCAAUAAUUACAGAUGACGGAAAACUCCCGGGUCGUCACUCACUUCUCGUCAAGGAUCAAUAUGGCCAGACGCCUCUACACAGCAGUAUGAUCAACACUCACAAAUCGAACAAAGACCACGAGGUCUUCCAAACCGUCUUUCAGGUUUUUCUGAACGAGGUUGAACGAACUGCAGCUAACGGACAAGAAGUCCCGGACAAGGAAGCCCUCUUCCAGGAGUGGCUCAGUGUGGAAGCUUCCUUCCCCAACCGACCCCCAUAUCUCACACCCUUUACCUGCGCAAUCGUUCACAAGGUUUCCCCAGCAGUAGAGCAAUUGCCCGACUGCCAGGACCGUCAACUCCACGCCCCGAACUGGUGGGGCUUCACCCCCCUCUACUUCGCCGCCCGCUAUGUCAACCAUGACGCCUUCGAGCGAAUCAUCAAGAAAGUCGGCAAGCUUUCCGCCGAAACCUCCUGCCAAUUAGGCGGCACGCCAAAGUUUGCCGUCGUCCGGGCGUUUCGAGAAAUGGACGUCGUAGUCAAAUCGAACGCGGCUGAGUAUGAACGGAAGAUAGAAACUGGAGAGAUUCCGAGCGGAAAGGUCGAAUACUCGCCUCUCAAUGAACAAGUGCAAGAGAUCUACAGGGAUAUGUUGAGAAUGGCGUUCCAGCUGGCCGAGUCGAACAAUAUGUUGCAGCACGUUCCUCAUAAACAUCCCAUCACGGGACAGACGGCAGAGGAGGAGGCUGACGCUCUUCAAUAUGAUGAUCUUGUGGAGGCUUUUCAGAGAGGGUGGCAGGAGUUCUAUUGGCGUGAUGCUACGUUUCAUGUUGCAAAGUUUCAGGAUGUACAAUUGCUCUAUAGUAGAAAAGCCAGGGCGGAUAUGGAAAAGGAACUGGCGAAGUGA